AAAAGCUCAAUUUAUUGAUUCAGUUGUAUAUAAAACAAUUCUAACUGCAUGUCCAAAUUUAUAUUUUUUUAAAUUUGUAUUAUAUUCAUCGAAUGGAAUAUCAACAGAUAUUCCAUCACAUGAAAAUCUUAAACAUAUGAUAAUUGAACUUCGAGAUUUCGAUUGGUUCUAUGAUGAUUAUAUAAUAAGUGGAUUUUUAGAAUGUGUACCGAAUUUAAAAUACCUUGAAAUACAUCGUAGAAAUUAUUCAUCAAAUAUUCGAGAAUCUAUUGAAUAUUAUGAUUGGUUAGCAGCAAUAAUUAAUAUUCGUUUACCAUUAUUACGAAAGUUUUUAUUUUAUUUUCAUUUAUCAAAAGAUGAAAAAUUAAUUGGAUGUAUUAAUGAGAAUAUAAUUAAUAAAAUUCAAACUGAUUUUAGUAAUGUACAUAAAGGUCAAUAUAUAGCUCAACUUAUAAUUGACAGAGAAUAA